AUUUUAACUAUUUGUAGUUUUAGAGUAUUCAUCUACAGAUCCAUUAUAUCCAAAACUUAUUAUUUAGGUCCAGAUUACUUAUAGAGAUAUGCGAGUUUGAUCUGGAUGGAUUAUAGAGUUAAAACAAUUAUAAUUAUCGAUAACUAUGAUCAUCUAUCUUAAAUUGGAUCACAAUCUAAAAUCAAUAAUAUAUAUACAACUUGGAUCAUGUCUUUUAUUUUUGACUUUUUAAACUUUUGAGUUUGGGAAAUACAGUAUAAUGCAUUAAUGAUUGCAUUUUCAUAGGCAAAUAUAUCUACUUUUCUAGAGCAUUCAAUAACUUAUAUACUAUCAGAUUUUGUAUUCACACUAGUAACUCAAAGAAAAAACAAAAAAAAAAUGAGAUGGCACAAAAUUAUUUGAGAAUCUCUUGUAUGAGAAUCUGUAGAGACUACUCUAAUGUAGCAUAUAUUUUAUUUGUUGAAAAAAAAAAUUUUGGUUGAAAAAUAAAAAUUAAUUUUCUCGUUUCUAUCGAUCUAUCUUCGGUUUUCUGUUCUUCUUCUCCGACGAAGAGCACCACGACUCCAGUGACGCCGAAGCUUCUUUUUCUCACAUUGUCUUCAAGGACCUUCCCAAGAGGAAGACAAAUAGGAAGACGACGGUGAAUAUGGAGCAUCUGGAGAAGUCCGUGAAGGAGAACCCAAACGACCCUUCUCUACAUUACUACUCGCGUGUGAUGCUCGAUCACAAUCGAGCUGCAAAGUGUUACCAGAGAGUAGUGUUGCUAGACCCCAAUGAUUCUGAUUCAGGAGAAGCUUUGUGCGAUUUAUUUGCAGUGUUUGCGCUUCAUCAGAAGAAGUGGUCUGAAGUGAUCGAACAGCUGGUGUGUUCAUCGCCACAAGCUAUGACUACGAUGCUCCUCUUAGAUGAAUAUGAUCCGUUCACCCACCAUACUUAUGAAGAUGGUUCCUACUAGCAAUCAUACAACGAAGCAAACCCUUCUUCAUAUGACGCUGGUUCGUCUGCUCAAAACGGUCUUUUGGAACAAAUAAGCAUGACUAGAGAUAAAACAGAAUAUUUUUGGUAUCUAACAGAGUAAGUAUGAUUGUUUGACCUUUGUUGUUGUUGGAUUUGUUGUUGCUACUAUGAUAUGUACUAAAUGUGACAGUAUAUAGUCAACAAUGAAUAUGUAAUCAUUCUUUUCUUGUUACAUAUAUACAUACUAUGAAAAAAAUAUUAUGUAAAUAAUUUUUUUCUUGAUUUGUUAAUGGUUUUUUUUUGCGGGAAAUCAUGG